AUGCCUCCAAAAAAAGGAAAAGGAAAAGGAAAAAAAGAAAAAAAAGCAGCUACUGCUCCAGAAUAUGUUCCAGAAAAGAAAUUAAGUGAAAAUGAUAAGAAAUUUUAUACAAUGCAAAUUCAAUUACUUGAAAAACAAUACGAAAAAUAUCAACAACGAUGUACUGACUUAAAAGAUCGACAAAAAGUAGAAUUAGAUCAAGUUAAAACAUUAGAACAAGAUUUUGAAAUGCUUAAAUAUGCAAAAAAACAAGUUGAAAUUAAAGAAGAAGAAAUAGCUGAUUUAAAAGAUCGUCUUAUUGGUUUAGGACAAGCAAAAGAACUUGAAAAAGAUAUGUUACAAAAACAAUUAAAUGAUUUAAAAAAUGAAAUUCAUGAUUUACGUGAACGUUAUGAAGCUGAAAAUAGUGAAUUACGAAAUCAAGUUGCUGAUUUGGAAAUUUUUCGUGCUAAACAAGAUAGUUAUUUAGCUCGACGACAGCAACAACAAGAUACGCUUCAAUUUCGACAAGAAGAUCAUGUUAAAAAAUUAGAAAGUAUCAAGAAAAAGGAUCAAACUGAUCGUGAUCGAUUAAUAAAAGAUAUGGUACAAAAAAUGAAUCACGUUGCAGCUGAUUUUCGUCGAGCAUCAAAUAAACAAAUGGCUGAGACAACAAAAAGAACAAUUAAUGAAAAUGCGCGUAUUGAACAAACUGUAAAUGAUAUGGAAGAUGUUGCAACACGUGUUCAUCAUGAAAAUGAACAAAUUCUAGAUGGAAAUAAUCAUUUAAAUAUGGGAAUUCAAACAUUAAGACAAAAAGAACAACAACAUGCUUUUCAACAUGCUACUUCAGCGGAGAUCAUUCAAUUACUUGCAAAUAUGUUACAAAAUCAAGAAGAAAUUAUUGUGAAAAAACAAGAACAAAUUGCACAAGUAGAUAUCGCUGAAAGACGUAUAAAAGAAUUACGUUCAUUAAUUUUUAAUAAUGAAAAAAAUUAUCCGGAUAUUCGUCAACAAAACAAAUCAUUUGAUGAAAAAUUAGAUGAACUUAAUAAAUUAAUAGCUGCAGCAACAAAAGAGAAAGCUAUUAUACUUUCCAAUUUACGACAAGCUAUUCUGCUUGUUACAGAAACACUAAAGAUUAAAGAUGAAGACAAAAGCGCACUUGUUCCUAUAGAGCAAGUUGGACAAACAAUUACUCCCGAGACGACUGGCAAUCUUUUUGAGCAACUUUAUAAAAUUUUAACAAGUACAGAAGAAAUAGAUGUUGACGAACAACAGCAAUCAUCUAAUAUUGAUUUCAAUCGUUCAACAUUAAAUAUUAGAGAUCCAGGCAAACGUCGUGAUAAUCUUUCCUAUACGAUCGGUGAUAUUGGUUUUGUUCCACGUCGUGAUGCUGUUCUAUUAACAAAUUUUGAUAAAAUGCAACAACAAGUUUAUCCAGCUCGUGAACGUGAUACAAUUAGACGUGCAGCAAAAAUUUCAGUUGCCGUGCAAACACCUGGUCUUGGUCGAGGCUCAUUUGGUUCGGAUGUAUCACUUGAUCGUCUAGGUCCGUUUGAUAAUGGUAUUAAUAAAUCAACCCGUGAACAAUUUAAUCGACCUACAUUUGGACCAAAACCUCGUGUACCUUAUGCUAUGUCAGCAACGAAUCGUAUUGUGCAAUGUCUUUUUUGA